AAGCAAGCAAUAUUCAUGGAGUCCCAAACCAUUCGCGCCAAAUUCCCAAACAAUUCCCACACGCAACAAUCUCUUGUUCGUCCCAUCAUAAAUGUACCACUAAACCCUAAUAAAUCUCUCUUCCCAUUAUUCCCUUCUUCAUCAUCAAUAAUGCCUCUUCUCACAUCUUCUUCAAGGCAACCACUCGAAAGCAUCCGCCACCGUAGAAAUACUACUACUUCCUUGUUUUCUCGGGAUUCGAGCUCGAAAUUCAGGGCACGCGCUUUAGGAAGUGAUUCUUCUGGGAGACGAUCAGAUGUGAGCGUGAAUAGAGAGUUAAUUGUGUUGAAUUCUGCUUUGACUUUGGUGCUUGCUGUUGCCAAUCGUGUGCUUUAUAAACUUGCUCUUGUUCCUAUGAAGGAGUAUCCCUUUUUUCUAGCUCUGCUUACUACCUUUGGGUACUUGGCUAUUUAUUUAUCCAUAUUGUAUGCAAGAUAUCAUGCUGGUAUUGUAACAAACGAGAUGGUGGCCUAUCCGAAAUCCCGUUUUUUGCUCAUUGGUUUCCUCGAAGCCCUUGGGGUCAUAUGUGGAAUGUAUGCCGGAGCCAUGCUUCCUGGACCAGCCAUACCGAUAAUUAGUCAGACCUUCUUGGUGUGGCAGUUGACUCUCUCUGUUUUCAUUCUUGGACGAACAUACUCUUUGAAUCAAAUUGCCGGAUGCUUACUGGUAGCUGCUGGAGUGGUACUAGCCGUAACAAGUGGAUCAGAUUCCAAUCAGAUGCUGGCAGGAAUUGCAUUUGUUUGGCCAGUGUUGAUGGUAGCUUCGAGUGCAUUCCAAGCCGCUGCUUCUGUUAUUAAGGAGUUCGUUUUUAUUGAUGCUGCUAGCCGACUCAAGGGGAAGGCGCUUGAUAUUUUUGUCGUCAAUUCUUUUGGAUCUGGAUUCCAGGCUCUUUUUGUUCUCCUUUUUCUGCCUUUUCUUUCAAACCUUAAAGGCAUACCAUUUUCUGAGCUCCCUUCAUUUCUUAAGAGCGGUGCUGGUUGCUUCUUCAACAUAGGGAACAAUAUUUCAGGUUGUGAAGGAGCACCGUUGCUACCCCUUCUUUACAUAUUUACAAAUAUUGCUUUCAACAUAUCAAUUCUCAAUCUUAUGAAGAUUUCGACUGCUGUGGUUUCAUCCCUUGUUGUGAUAUCAUCAGUGCCUUUAUCGAUGUAUCUUCUCUCCAUGCCACUGCCAUAUCUCCCAGAAGGUUCAAGUUUGAGCCCUUUUUUCCUUCUCGGCAGUGCUGUCCUUCUCAUUGGCCUUAUCCUUUAUAACAUUCCACGGACUCAGAAGCGGGACACAGAAUUGUAACUCAUUUCAAUCAUUGCAAAUGAUAUUAUUAUAUGGAGAUUCUGGAUAUAAUAGUCAUCAUUCAAGGAAGACAUUGGUCCAGAAGAGUCUACAAUCUCCAUUUACUAAGACCCAUUCUUCCAUGGUCGUACACUGUGGCCUACCGCAAAAUGGAUUUGACAAUAUCAUGGUAACUUGACUAAUCCUUCCACUUGCUGUCAUCAUAGGCUAAGAUAUUGUUAAUCACCACAAGCAAGGACGUAUUCUGGAUGUGCUUGGAAUGUUAAGUGUCUUGGCAUUACAAGUGGAUUACAAUACCAAAGGGUUCUUGCUAUGACAUGCCUAAAGAUGGGAUAAAGAAAUUAAAUUGGUGGAUACGUUACUGAGAUUUGCAUGCAGUAGAACAGUUGUUCGUUCU